AUAAGCGUAUAUAUUGUGAAACCAAGUGUAUUGUUCCACAUGUUGUUCAUAUACACACAUUUGUAUAUAUUUAAAUAGCUGCAUAUGUAUAUAUAUAUGCAACAAUUAUGUAUAUAAAAAAAAGAGUCGCGAGUUAUUUGAGUGCAUCUUAUCUGAGUAGCGUGGAUUAACACCUGCAUUUUUAAUUGGCAAUCACAAAGUAAAAUUAAAGGGCAUCAUUGUUAUUAUAGCGUAAAACGCCAAAGAAAAGCGAAAGCAAACAAAAACAAAUCAGCCAAGCUAUUACAACUAUUACAAUAAGGUACAUUGUAGGACAAUCAAAAGGGAGAGGAAAGCUGAAGUAUGGCACAACACGUGCAAGAUCCCGCUGUAUCUGAGAGGCGUCUGCGGCCUAUUUAUGAUAACUUGGAGGUUGGCAACAAUCGCAAGGCACUACAAGAAUCAGAGAAAGUCUUGAAAAAACAUCCGAAUCAAUUAUGUGCUAAAGCACUUAAGGGUCUGGCGCUAUUACGUCUGGGACGCUAUGAGGAAAGCCAUGGGUUUCUGCAGGCAGUGGCCAAUGAAAAGCCAGUGGAUGAUGCUACGCUACAAGUCCUAUCAUUUUGCUAUAAAGAAUUGGAGCAAUUGGAUAAAAUUGUGGAUAUUUACAAUUAUGCAGUUAAACAGUCACCUAAUAAUGAAGAAUUACUGGCUCAUCUUUUUAUAUCACAUGUACGCAUGGAGGAUUUCAAAUCACAGCAAUCGGUGGCCCUGCAAAUGUACAAAGCACAGCCUAAAAAUGCCUAUUAUUUUUGGGCUGUAAUGAGUGUGGUACUACAGGGAGUACGUGGUCCCGAAAAAGCUAAUCCUGCCAAACGGAAAAUCUACUUGUCUCUGGCCCAACGCAUGGUUGACAAGAUGAUUCAAGAAAAUAAAUUAGAAUCUGAGCAAGAAGCAUUUUUAUAUUUGCAUAUAUUGCAGUUGCAAGGCAUGGAAAAAGAAGCUUUAGAUUUUCUAAAUGGACCAGUGUGUGAAAAAGUCUAUCCAGGAGCACCUAUUUAUCUGAAAAUAAAUCUCAUGAAAUCUCUAAAGAUGUGGUCAGAGUGUAAUGUACUGCUGAAGAAUUUGCUCAAGGAGGAUCACGACCGUUGGGAUUACUAUAAGGAUUAUAUAACGACAUGUUUUGAAUUGGAUGCUUUGCAUAAAUCAGAAAACAACAUAGAGAAAACAGACGAGGAAAAAGAUAACGUACAAUCUAAUUGUAAUACCAUAGAAGAAUGUAGGGAUUUCCUAACAGAGUUAAUCGAAUCUUCGGAGAAAAAAGUCAGAGGACCAUAUUUGGCACGUUUGGAAUUGCAUCAACGUAUGCGUCAACACAAUAUAGAUGCUAAAGCAUCUAUGGGAGAGUUUAGUGAUUUGGUGAUAGCCUAUUUUCGUUUAUUUGGUGACAAACCCUGCUGCACGCAUGAUAUUUCAUUAUUUCUACCCGCUAUCAGUAUCGAAGAGAGGAAGGAAUUGGCUAAUAAGCUUGUAACAGAAACUGGAAUAACAUCGGCAAAUUUACCAAAGGAUAAAGAACAAAUGCAGAAACAUAUUUGCGCCUUGCAAGUAUCACGAAUUUGUGGCGUACAUUUGGAUACAGACAUUGAACACCGUUUAGCCUUUUAUACCUCGCUAAAAUUGCGUUAUGAGCAUGGCUUGAGUAAUUUUGGCAAAGAUUUACUUCCCACUGAUAUGGGACCUUCGGAUCCCUAUGCGUUACUGGCAGCUAACGUCAUGUAUGACAUAAGUCAAGAGGAACAAAAAUCCGAUCGCAUAUUUGAGGCUCUUUGUUUGCUGCAAUAUGUCCUGCGUAACAGCACCAGCAAUUUUCAUGUAAAACUUUUAAGUUUGAAAAUCUUUCACAUGCUGGGCUGUCUAUUGGGGGCCCAAGAGAUGUAUGAAUAUUUGGAAAUUAAACAAAUCCAACUGGAUUCCAUGGGCUAUGUGCAUUGUAAUCCUAUGAUUUUGGCCGGCCGUUUUUCUAUGGCCCGCUCCGUUUAUGAUACAACUUUGAAAUUCUUUACAAACAGCUACAAGGAGCGGCUGGAGUACAUAGCAUACGCCUAUCGUUUCUGCACUUUUUCGAAACUAGAAGAAUUUAUGAACUUUAAGGAACGUCUUACGAAUAGUUUGCAUUAUGUGGCCAUUUCCGUAGAGGCUCAAUUAAGUGAUUUGGCUAUAUUGUAUGGCAACGUGCAACAGAAUUUAAACACUUACAUGAUUAUGUCCAUUGAUCCUGUUGAAGAUCGCAUUUCAUGGAAUGAAUUAAGAGAUAAUCGUGAUCUUACUGCCAUGAUACGUUGGGAUCCCGUACAUUUAGUCGACACCGAUCGCGAACGCAGCCAAUCAUUCAAACAGGAAGUGGAAAUACUUUCGAUAAGAUCCCUAAUGUUGCGUAUGGUUGCUUCAUACGUGGAUUUAUUCCAUCCCAAUUUAAGUGUCAAAUAUUGUAGAGCAGCCGCUGCUGCUGGUCCUAAUCUACAGGAGCUAAAAGAUGCCUUGCCAGGAGCCAAAGAAACUGUCAUUAUUGAAUCGUUGCGUGAUUCAUGGCUGGUGUUGUUUAAACGUCUGCGAGCAGCCGAGGAUCUUAAGCCUCUGCCAAAUCGUUUUCUAGUCGAUUUAUUACCAACACGUCUGCAUUUACUGCUGGAGAUGCCAUAUGAGAAAUUCUUUAGUGAUCUAUCGGAAUUGGUGAUGGAGAUGUAUGUGGGCAAUAACAAUUUACCAUUGCAAUGUAAAGUGGUCACCGAUAAUGUUACACAGGUUGUGAAUUUGAUUGAUGCCACUAUAAAAGAAAGCAAUGAGGCCACAACCGAUGGACUUUGGAGGAGGCGGGAAUGGCAGAGUAAAGUUGGCGCUGGUUUAGAGAUAAUUUCGCUUUAUGCCUUCAUACUUCAGGCAAUAUAUGAAAAACUGCAGGCAUCCACAAAAACUAAACAAAAAAGAAAAUCCCAUGCCGAUGGCGGUGAACAAGUAAUGCAUGAAAAAGAACGUUGUCAGCUUACGGUUGAAAUGAUGCGCCAGCUGAAACUAGAAUUUCAACGUUGUGAUAAAUGUCUAUUGAGCUGGAACACACCUGCACUGCCAAAAAAUUUAAAUUCAUUUAUGGCUGAUAUGUCCCUAAAGCCCGAGGUAGAGGCUACCCUGAUUGGCGAUGUGGCAUCAACUGUAAAAGAGUCACAUGACUUUAUGAUAACAGAACUAAGGAAUCUUCUAAAGGAUAAAAUACGCAUGGUUACCAAGUAAACGGGUGCAACAUAUAGGCAGCGCUGCGUGUGUAUGAUGUAUGUGUCCAUGUGAUGUAUGUGUGCAGAAGCUUAAGCGCCUUUAAAAUCAGUUUAGUAGUUUCUUAUAACAAAAACAAAAAAAA